AUGAAUAAUCCACCUACAUAUGGUCAUAGACGGUAUAAUCCUUUAUUAGAUGAAUGGAUUAUUGUUUCUCCACAGAGAAUUCAACGUCCUUGGGAAGGCCAGAUAGAAUCCGAUAACCGUAAAUCCAUGACAGCAGAACAAUCUGUCACUAAAGAUGCUAAAAAUCCUCUGUCCCCUGGGUGUGUGCGUGCUAAUGGGGUUGUUACACCGGAUUAUGAAUGUGUAUACACAUUUAUCAACGACUUUCCUGCAUUGGUAAGUGAUGAGGACUAUCGUAAAUCAAACGAUCCAAUUAUUUUCAACACGGUUGAUGAAAAUCCAUUAUUUGCGUCUUCUUCAGCACGAGGAGACUGUUUAGUCACAUGUUUUCAUCCAGAUUCUCAUAAAACACUAGCUUUGAUGGAAGAACACGAAGUCCUGUCCGUCAUUGCUGAAUGGUGCCGCAUAACCGAAACAUAUUUGAAGGAGAGAAGUCACCAGUGGGUGCAAAUUUUUGAAAAUCGGGGCGCAGCUGUCGGCUCAUCUAACAUGCAUCCUCACUGUCAGAUUUGGGCAUGUGGUUUUCUACCGUCUUUAAUAUCACGACGUGAUAAAAAUCAACGGAAUUAUGCUCUUCAGCACAGUAAUGUACCCUUGCUGUUUGACUACGCGAUGCAAGAGGAAGCUAAAAUGAAUAACAACCCAUCCAACUCGAGAGUAAUUAUAUGUUCGAACCAUUGGCUUGCUCUUGUACCAUGGUGGGCAUGUUGGCCAUUUGAAACAAUGAUCCUGCCACGCAAACGUCACAUAUUGUGGUUAAACGAGUUGACUGACGAAGAAAGACGUGAUCUUGCUGGUGUAAUGAAACAGUUGCUUAUUCGCUAUGACAACUUGUUCAAUACAGAAUUUCCUUAUUCUAUGGGUUGGUAUCAGGCACCAAUGUACUCGGAAGUGAAUUUUUGUGAAGAUUUAAAAGAGAAAUAUAAACAUUGGCAGUUGCAUGCUGUUUAUUUACCUCCUCUGUUAAGAUCUGCCACCGUGAAAAAGUUCAUGUCAGGUUUUGAAUUAUUGGCAGAGGCACAAAGAGACUUAUUGCCGGAGACAGCUGCAAAAAUGUUACGUGAAACAAAUUCAAUUCACUAUACUAAGAGGAAUUUAUAA